AUUCUAAAAUAUCAGCCUCUUAAAUAUUCCUAUUGUCUGUCCACUUUGAUCGCCUUUCACAUUUUGCUGAUCCAAUCAAAACUUUCCCGUCCGGCUAUCAUGGGGUUGUCAUUUACGAAGUUAUUCAGUCGGUUGUUCGCUAAGAGGGAGAUGCGAAUAUUGAUGGUCGGUCUCGAUGCAGCUGGUAAAACUACGAUUUUGUACAAGCUUAAGUUGGGAGAAAUUGUCACCACUAUUCCUACUAUUGGAUUUAAUGUUGAAACCGUUGAAUACAAGAACAUCAGCUUCACUGUGUGGGAUGUUGGGGGUCAAGACAAGAUUCGACCUUUGUGGAGGCACUACUUCCAGAACACACAGGGUCUAAUCUUCGUGGUUGACAGCAACGAUCGUGAUCGUGUGGUUGAGGCCAGAGAUGAGCUACACAGGAUGCUUAAUGAGGACGAGUUGAGAGAUGCAGUGCUACUCGUUUUUGCCAACAAGCAAGAUCUUCCAAACGCUAUGAAUGCUGCUGAGAUCACUGACAAGCUUGGUCUGCAAUCUCUCCGACAACGACAUUGGUAUAUCCAGAGCACAUGUGCCACCUCUGGGGAAGGUCUAUAUGAGGGGCUUGAUUGGCUUUCCAGCAACAUUGCCAACAAGGCUUAAGAAGGGACUCAUAUGAAUAUGGGGUAUACAGCUUAAAACAAGUAUUGUUGGCCUUUCAUUUAUGUUGAGAAGGAAUAUGUGAAACCUAUCAGCUUUCCUAGACAAUAUACUUCAUCACAUGUAGAAUUUGUAUGUCUUUAUUUCUGUAAUACACUGCUUUGUAAUAUGCAGACCGGAACAUUUGCCUUUGAGUUGACGGAGACUAUUUUAAUCUAUAGUUCUUGCAAGUAGAAUUAAUAUAUUAUUUUUUUUUUUUGGUAAA